CAGUUCAGCCAGCACCACCAUGGGGUUCCUGUGCCACCUGCUGCUGGCUGUGCUGACACUGCUUGUGCGAGCCCCUGGCUGCUGGGCAACCUGGAUCAUCGGGGGUCGCGAGGUGCCCCCACACUCCCGGCCCUUUAUGGCUGCGAUGAGCUUCGAGGGCCGGCCCCACUGUGGGGGGUUCCUGCUGCAACCCCAGUGGGUCGUCUCAGCUGCCCACUGCGUCCACGGCAGAGACCCCCAUUCUGGUCUGGUGGUUCUGGGAGCCCACAGGCUGCAGGACCCAGAACCCACACAGCAAACGUUGGGCAUCGCGGCUGCUGUCCUGCACCCAGACUAUCAGCCCUUGAACUACCUCAAUGACAUCUGUCUGCUGCAGCUGAAUGGUUCUGCCGUCCUGGGCCCCGCCGUGGGGCUGCUGCAGCUGCCGCCUCGGGGCGCCAAGUCCCCAGUGGCUGGCACACGAUGCAGGGUGACUGGCUGGGGCUCUGUGUCCAGCUUUGAUGAGCCACCGUCUGGGCUGAUGGAGGCUGAGAUUCGAGUGCUGGGCCUGCAUGCCUGCAAUCACUCCUGGCGGGGCCAGCUGCGGCCAGGCGUGCUCUGCACUCGCAGUGGGGACCGCCGCCGGAGGCGUGGAAUUUGCUCGGGGGACUCUGGGGGACCCCUGGUGUGCAAGGGCCAGGCCCACGGCCUGGCGUCCUUCUCAGGCUUGUGGUGUGGUGACCCAAAAACCCCGGACGUGUACACACAGCUGUCUGCCUUCGUGGGCUGGAUCCAGGAUGUGCUACGCCAGGGCGAUCCCCCACCCAGCUCCUCACCUACGACCUCUGGGCCCCAACAGGCCGCCACCUCUGCACGCCAGACCAGGGGCCUGCCCAGGGGAGCUGGCCUGGGCCCACCCCUGCUGUGCCCCACACCUACUGCUAAGGCCAAGGAUAGACGACAUCUGUGGUUCAGCUCUGGACCCUCCCCCUGA